UUUGUCAAAUUUAAAUCCAAUAUGGCCGAUUCUUUCGAUUCGUAGUUUGGCUGAAAUGUCUAGCUGGAAUUUUAGUGUUAUACUUUUGUAAACCGUUUAUGCUAGCGUAUGUUUAUAUUAGAAGCACCAUAAGUUAAUCAUAUUUCGCAUCUGUAUUUCUAAUAUGCUAAGCUAACUAUUACAAUGAGUGAAGUAUCGUUUAGUGAAGCAAGUAAUGACGGAGAGAAGCCGGUUUCUCUGGAUGACUUCCCGCCGUUCGAUGAGCCCAAAGAUAGCGAUUUUGAAGAUGACAUCAGUCAGAAGGAGAGGGACUUUUACAUCAGCAAGUUUACAGACUUGAGUACUGUGUCGAAUGAAAGACUGCACUGUACGGCUUGCGACCGCCACUUGGGUAACACGACUCGCAAUGAGAGCCGCAUGCGGACGCACCCGAUGCUGCGGACCCUGAUGUGCCACACUUGUCACACGUUCUACAACAGUGGGGAGUUUGAUAAGGGCGAGGAUGGCUCGGAGCUGUACUGCCGUUGGUGUGGCCAGGGCGGACAGGUCUACUGCUGUUCGGAUUGUCCUCAUGUAUUUUGUGCGAAAUGCAUCAAAAGGAAUUUAGGCAUGGAAAAGAUUAAAGAAAUUGAAUCUACCGAUGAUUGGAAAUGUUUUAAAUGCAACCCCAGAUGUUUGUGGGAUCUCCGUGCAAUCUGCUGGGCUUUACUGCGCUUCUGCGAUUUGAGAAACAAGAUGGUUUUCAAAAUGCAUGACACUCCUAUGAAAGAAAAGUUUCAAAAAUACAUUCUACAAGACACAUCACAAUGUUGUAAGGACAAGAGGCGACGGAAUGUAGCUGGAGAUAACAAGCGGAAGUCGGAAGAACCUAGAAGGAAGAGUGAAAUUAAGAGGGAGAAAAAAGAAGAUACACCUAAGAGGGACAAGGAAGAUCUAAAGAAGUCUACCUCGGCUAUCAUUUCCAAGAUGCCACCUACCAUUCAGGUUAAGAAAUUUGCAUCAAUAAACUUGGAUGAGCCCAAAAAGGCUCAAAAGCGGUCAGCAAGCCCUAAACCUAAGUCAGUGACAAUGAAGAAUCCCAUUGCUAUUGCACCAUUGAUAAGACCUGUAAAUGUUUACCCUUCUCCGAUGCCCAUCAAGAAACUUAAGCUAAGGAGAUUGACCAAAUCUGACCCCAUUUGCGAAUUCACGCACCGCCAGCCGGGCCAGUUCGAGCGACCUCGGUUCACGAAGUUAGUGCGCCCGCCGCCGCACAACCCGUACAUGACCCUCAUCAACAACAUGCCCCCCUUCAACGGAUACAACCAUCUGCCCAACCCUGUUAGUGACAACAUUAACUUGUCUUUAGAGAGCCUCACUCAGGGCCUAGACAUGGCGACGGUGGCGUCCAUGGGCAACAGCAGCCUGGGCGGCGGCGGCGGCGGCAACAUGAUGGGAGGAGGCAACAGCAACAGAAAUGACGACGUCGUGUGCACCCCGGACUUCCCCAUUGAACCGCUCUGUGAGGUAUUCGAGGACAAUGAUGACGACGUUGAGUGCAUAACCCCGGUGCCGUCCGGCCCCUCGCGCUCCCUGCAGCAGAAGCAGGCGAACAAGAUGCCCGACCUCUCGCCCGAGAACAUCAUACAGAUGACCGAGAACGACGUCACAGUGAACGCGCAGACCGGCGGCCUCAAGUUCAGAGUAGACCCCCAGACGCUGUCGUCCAACAAGAUGUACCGCCUGCCUGACGGACGGGUGUUCGCUAUUAACUCCAACCCUAAUAUGCCGGGCGGCUAUUCCGCGACCAUCGUGGCUGUUACAGAGAAUAAAAAUAUGUCACCUGUGAACCCGCGAGGCAAUACAUACUCGGCGAAAGUGUGCGCAGUGCCAGCGAGCAGCAAGCCACCGCCGCUGACUAAGAUACCGCCCCGGAAGCAACGCCUGGCUAAGAAACAAGUAGCUAAAACAAACAGCCCUAACAAGAGGCUGGAAGAUAUACUGAAGAACUGUGAUACUGAUGUGCCUGUGGAGUGGUACCGCUACAAUGUAAUAGAUGCAUAUGAUGCGCUGGAGUAUGCGCUGGGUCGCCUGCGUAAACUCAAGCAGGAGGCCACCACGGUGUACCUGCGCUCUCGUUCUGUGCCCGAGAUGAGGAAACUUACCAAAACGCUUGACCGUCUACUUCACAACUCCGCUGCACGGUUCACCGAGGUCAGAGACAACCUAAACCAAGGCAUGAAGCAGUAUGCUGAAAAGAAAAUCAAUAAUGUCACAAUCAGCAAUACGACGGACGACGACGACGAUGAUGAUGUAGAAAUAUUGAGCAACGAUAAUGAGGGCCCUAUAUUCAUUGACGAAAACUCAAUGGAUUCUAACAAUGCGACAAGGAAUGAAAGUCAAGAUGUUGACCUCCUCAGUAGUGAUAUCAAUGAUAGCGGUGAAAAAGAGUCUGAUAGUCGGCCAUCUGGAGCGAAUGGAACGAUAGGUAAAGAUGAUAUUCUGUGUGAAGAUGUAGUCACAAUGGAUGACACUGAUAAAGAUAAAGAAAACCACGAUAAUGCGAAUGAUGAAUUAGAUGCCGAAUUGACUGAGGCUAAUGACACAAACAUGUCCGUAGAUGAUGAGUCGGCAGCUGGCGAUAAAAUAAAUGGUGAAAUAGAUGAAAAAUCGAACAAGGGAGAUGAUCUAGAUAAAGAUAUUCCUGAAAAAGAAGAAGACGAUUCAAAUAAUGUAGAAAGAGAAAACGACGAUGGAGAUAAUGCUGAUAAAAGUGUAGUAGAAAAGAAUGGUAAAGAAACAAGUGAAAUGGACACUGAAAAUGUGGAGGAAAACGAUGAUAAAUCUGACGAACAAGCUGACAACAAUAAGAAUAAGGAGAGUGAAACAACAGCACAAGAUGAUAGUGAUGCGAAAGAUGUGGACGAUGACAAAAUACAAAAAGACGAUGAAUGUAAAGAGCCAAAUGUUGAUGAAAGCAUUGAAGAGAAAAUGCUACUGUCGGAUAUCACAGAGGCACAAGACUCGAAAUCCCAAGAUCCGGAAAUAACGGACGAACUUAUUGACAAUUUACUAAAUGACGAUCCCAGUUUAGAUGUUUCUAACCACAAUAUCCUUGGUGUCUAACCAAAUUUUACUGCUUUAUUUUGUAGUAUUUUGUUACAGGGUUUCUCAACUAUUGGAGACAAUGAAAAAAUAUUUUGAUAGCUAACAAUUUCUGUAUAAUGCCUGAUUCCGGUGUUUUGAUAAGUUAUGUUGUAUUGACAUGGCCAGAAUAACUUCAUGCUUCUAUGUUGAGAAGGUCUGCACAAAUUAAUUAUUAAGUUCAUCAUUAUUAGGUAUUGCUAUUGAACUACCUAACUCGUACCUAUGCUUUUAGAUUUGAAUUUAGAGUUUUCGAAUACAAACAUCGAAGUACACUUCAUGUUUCCUAAA